UAAAAACAACCUGCUCUGCUCAAUUCCUCUUUGUGACUGAUUUUCUCAAGUUGGCCUCAAAACAACUGGGUGUGAAGAGGGUGCUAGUGGAGGUUUCGUAGCAUUUUUAUUCAGUAGGAGUAAUGAAGAUGACCAUAACCCUGACUGAUUUUUAAAUUUGAACUGCAUUUGAGAAUUCAUCUUUACUUACAAUGUCACCGUCAAGUAAAGGUCCAGUUGAACACACACCCCCAGAUGGAGGCUGGGGGUGGGCGGUACUCGUUGGAGCUUUCAUUUCUGUCGGCUUCUCUUUUGCUUUUGGCAAAUCUAUUACUGUAUUUUACAAAGAAAUUGAAGAAAUAUUUCAUGCCAGUGCCAGCGAGGUGUCAUGGCUGUCGUCCAUCAUGUUUGCUUUCAAGUAUGCUGGAGUAUAAUGCUGAAGAAAAGUGGUGAUGGUCUUUUCAGCAGUAUCCUAGUGAAUAAAUAUGGCAGUCAUCCAGUCAUGAUUGUUGGCAGCUGCCUGUCAGGCUGUGGCAUGAUUGCAGCCUCCUUCUGUAACACUGUGCAGGGACAUUACUUGUGCAUUGGACUCAUUGGAGGUCUUGGGCUUGCCCUCAACUUGAAUCCUGCUCUGACCAUGAUUGGCAAGUAUUUCUACAAGAGGCGACCAUUGGCAAAUGGACUGGCCAUGGCAGGCAGCCCCGUGUGUCUGUCUAUCUUGGUCCCCCUCAAUCAGGCUCUCUAUGGUAUCUUUAGCUGGAGAGGAAGCUUCCUAAUCCUUGUGGGCAUCCUACUAAACUGCUGUGUGGCUGGAGCCCUAAUGCAACCAUUAGAGGCCAAGCUGACAGAAGCAGGGAAGAAAGAUAGGUCUAAAGAAUCCUUUCAGGAAGCUAGAAAACCUGAUGCAAUAAAAGGGGCGGAUGAUGCAAAUACAGAAUAUAAUGCCAUAAACCCCAAACAGGAGAAACAAUCAAUUUUUCAAACAUUUAGCAAGUUUCUGGACUUACCCCUGUUCACCCACAGAGGCUUUGUACUAUAUGUCUCUGGGAAUGUGUUAAUGGCUUUUGGGCGGUCUGCACCUUUAAUCUUUCUUAGUAGUUAUGCCAAAAGUCAGCAUCACUCCAGUGAGAAGGCUGCCUUCCUUCUUUCCAUUCUGGCUUUUGUUGACAUGGUAGCCAGACCUUCUAUGGGACUUGUAGCCAACACAAAGUGGGUAAGACCUCGAGUGCAGUAUUUUUUUGCUGCUUCUAUUAUUGCAAAUGGAGUGUGUCAUCUGCUAGCACCUUUGUCCUCCAGCUAUGUUGGGUUCUGUGUCUAUGCGGGAUGCCUUGGAUUUGCAUUUGGGUGGUUUAGCUCUGUACUGUUUGAAACACUGAUGGACCUCGUUGGACCCCAGAGGUUCUCCAGCGCUGUGGGACUGGUGACCAUUGUGGAAUGCUGUCCUAUCCUUCUGGGGCCACCCCUCUUAGGUCGUCUCAACGAUGUAUAUGGAGACUACAAAUACACGUACUGGGCCUGUGGCAUAAUCCUUAUUGUUGCGGGUAUCUAUCUCUCCAUCAGCAUGGGCAUCUAUUAUCGACUUGUGGCAAAAGAACAGGAAGCAGAGAAGGAGCAGAAAAAGGAAAGUAAAGAUGUUAUGUAAGCAGCAGAAUCUGCAGAGAGGAAAGACCCAGAAGGAGGCCCCAAGGAGGAAAAGCAUCCAGUCUGAAAUCAUGGAUAAACAGAGGAGCUCUGAACCAAAGAGACCUGAAAAAUUCUACAGAACCAUGUUUUCCUAGUGGUACUUACCACGGACAGUGGGCAUUUGUGUGGAAGUCAUACCAGCUGUUUGCUGAUGGAAUUUUUAUUAUAUUACUGUAGUCAUGAUAAUUAUGUCACAUCGUUUUGGGGUCAGGAGACGUACAAAGAUGACAGAAGGAAAUAUCUUCUAUUUGAAGUCAUUUUAUUAAAGUAUACUUUACUUGCAGUAUAAAAAUGAAUAAAGUUUCAUGAGCUUUGACAAGGUAUUUAGUCACAUAACCCCAAGAAUGAGCAUUUCAAGCCGAAAAUAAUUCCCUCCUGCCCUUUGCAGUUACUCCCCUUCCCUUCCCUACAGCUCCUGGGAGCCACUGUUCUGAUUUCUGUCCCCUAUAGUUUUGUCUUUUCCAGAAUGUAAUAAAUGCAAUCACAUAGUAUGUACCUGGCGAAAUAAGAAAUAUAUAUUUGGUCUUCAUCUGUGGUUCCUGGUACACAUUUUUGAAACCCUUGGAUUCUCUGAAGUGACGAGUGUCUUUGGCCUGCUGAUCAGAUGAUGGGUGGCCAGCACCCCCAAGGUGACUUCAGGAUGGGACUGGUCUCUAGAAAGACCAAGGCAUGAUCUGGGGCUAGAACUUCCAGCCCCACCUCCUGACCUCAGAGCAGAGGGGAGGAGCUACAACAUCCAAUGAUUUAAAAAAUCAUGCGCAUGUAAUGAAAGCUCCAUAAACAAAACCCUAAAUGGCCAGGUUCAGAGAGCUCCCUGGUUGAGGAAUACAUUGAGGCAUGCCAGGAGGGUACUGUGCUCAGGGCACAGAAGCUUCUUGUCACUCCCCACUGUACCUUGCUCUGUGCACCCCAAGAAACUCUUUCCUUUGGCUGUUGUGAGUUGUACCUUUUAUAAUAAAUCAGGAAAUGUAAGCAAAGUGUUUCCCUGAGAUUUGUGAUCCAUUCUAGCAAAUUAUUGAACCCGAGGUCAGAAAUACAGGUGGUAAUGUGGGACUUGUGACUGGAAUCUGGAGGAAUGUCUUGUGGGACUGAGCCUUCACCCUGUGGAAUCUGCCACGCUGUCCAUUUAGUGUCAGAAUUUAAUUGAACUGUAGGACACCCAGUUGGUGUCUAGAGAGUUGAAGAAGUCGUUGUUGGUGUGGAAAAGAUGUGGCCUCAGAAGUAGUGCAAGUAAUAGUUCGGAAGAGCUUUCUGUGUAUGGGCUCCUUCACAGACCAUAGUGCUUUAGGAUUCAUCCAUGUUGUUGCAUUUAUACAAAGUUCAUUGCUUUUUGUGGCUGAGUAGAAUUUCUUUUUGUGGAUGUAUCAUAAUCUGCAUAUCCAUCACCAGUUGAUGGACAUUUAGGUCAUUUCCAUAUUGAGGCUAUUAUGAAUAAAGCUGCUACAAAUGUUCACACAGAGUUCUAUGUAUGUAGAAAUACACUUUCAUUUCUCCUGAGUAAAUGCCUGUGACUGGAAUUGUGAGACCACAUGGCAGGUACACGCUUCACUUUGUAAAAAACUAUCAAACUACUUUCUAAGUGGUGAUACCAUUUUGUAAUCCAGCUAACAAUGUAUGAGAAUUCUGGCUAUUCUGUCUCAUUGUUAGCACUUGGCAUUGUCUUUUUAACUUUGCCAUUCUAGUAGGUGUCAAUUUUAAUUGACAUGUCCCUGAUGCCAAAUGAUGUUGGCCAUUUUUUCAUGGGCUUGGUCUUCUUUGUAUAUUUAGUGAAGAUUUAUCUUUUAAUCCUGACAUUUAACAGAGUUUUAAAAAUAAUUUGACUACUUUUCAAUUUUUGUCUUUCAAACUUUUUCGGUGACUCUUCCUGGCAUAUCUAACAGUGAUGUGAACAAUGUAUUUGAGAAUCCUUAAAUCGUCUGGCAGUCUAUUUAAAUAGAUGGUUGUGAGGUCCAAUAGCAUGGAAGGUUCCUUGUUAUAGGCAUGAUACAAUGUGAAGUGAAAACAAAACACAAACUAGUUAGAUCAGAACAGGAUAUAACAUACUCUCAGGGAAAAAAGGGGAAGGAAAUACAAACAAAAUUCCAAGCAUACUUGUGUUUGGAUGGUGACUUUUUCCUGUAUUUGUUUUCCUUAAUGUGAAUAUGAUUGUUACCUUUUCACUAAUAACAGAGGAAAAAUGAGUAGGUUUGAAAUAGCAGAGUUCUGACAAGAGGAACUUUUCUUGUAAGAAAAUAAAGCUAAUGA